AUGGUCAAGUCAAAGCCAAAGGCCUGGAGUCCUCUGAAAACAUCCUCUUUGGUUCAAUGGGAGAUAAAGGACAAUUUGUCAAAGCUCAAUGUUCCAACUAAACCAAAUCAGUUCAUUCAUCCCCCAGAAAAUCCCCUACCGAGCAGGGAUCUGCCAGAGGACUUCAUGUGGAGGGUGACUAUGAACACCAUGACCUCGCCCAAUGCAACUUGGAGCCGUGUCGGCUUCAUAAGUCCAUUGCAAGCUCACCAUUUGCUUGCCUUUUCCCAUUCACUGACACCGAGUAUCAAGAGUCAAAAUGACUAUCUGCGUGAGUGGCAGUCCAAGACCAACGACUACUUGGACUUGCUCCUUCGUCAUGCUGGCCAGCCUUGCCCUGGUCUCACAGACGAGUGGUGCAACACAGAUGAUGAAGGAGACCAUUUGACUGAGGGCCCUUGGAUACCCUUGGUCAAUAAUCCUCAAACAACCAUGGUAGUGGACAGGUCAGGGCUCCACUCCCUGAUGAUCAGAUUCUGUCAGUGCGCCGACACACUAAGCCCUGACAUGCAACUAUUUGAAAUGGGCCUCUUCCCGGCAUCUUUCACUUCGCCAAAGACAACAUUCACAUUUGUGGUGUUGGACGACUUCCUGUUGGACAACCUGGAAUGUGGGACUUCCACCAUAAACUACUCCAUGAGUGAUGUUGAUGUUCUCUGCUGCAUCACUCACAAUGGCCAGAAGGACCGAUACAGGGAAUUGAUGAGGGUGGGUAGGCAGUGGAAUCAAGUGAAACAGCUCAAGUGGCAUGGGUUCAGCCAUGAGAAGAGAAAGCCAAAGGCAGGGGAACUCACACUCUUCUGUCCUGCAUGUCCACAGCCCGGGGUAAAUGUCAAUUUUUCAGAUAGGAAUGGGUCCAACCAUACAUGGUUGUAUUUAAGAUCUUUGGUCAUGGGUGGCAAUUUCAAGGCCGAACAUUUGUAUCUGGCCAAUCCAACCGAUGAGGUGGCAUUGACCGACAGCUUGGGCUUCAUGGUCGGUGAUGCCCAAUACAAAAUGCAUCUCACUGAGGCGCAGGACAUGGCAAAUGUGUUGUGCCACAAGCUCGAGGUGACAGGGAUAGGCGGGUGUGCUUGUGCCAGACAUGGGUGUUUCAUUCCCCAUUCAAUGGUGGACUUUCAGAAAGGGAAAAGGUAUCUCAACCAGCAGAUUGAGGAGUCGCCCUAUCUUGACCUUCCAUGGGGCAUGGAGAUUGUUCCAAGCAUUGGGCUCUGGCAUGUCCAUAGCCAUCAAGACAAAUGCUAUGUAUGGUACACAUCCAACUUCAUCACCGGUGUAGCCAGGAUUGACGGUGAAAUCAUGGAGACCCUUUGGGUGCCUUUGAACAUAAUAUUGCUGUCAGGGAGAGGGAUGUCCACCCCCCACCGAAAGGAGUGUUUGGACUUUCAAAUGAACGACUGUAAUUUUAUGAAGAUGAUAUGCAUGAUUCAAUUGACCAAAGCACCAACAAGAAAACAGCAAGAGUUGCACCUGUUGAACCACCAGAUGCAAUGGCCCACCAGCGAGAUCCAUUGUGGUGCUGCAACAUGGCUGGCCUGUGGGAUCACACUCAAGGAGGCACAAGUAGUCCUCCUGAUUGAUGUGAAGAAACUGGGAAAGCAGCCAACCAACACCCAGAAGCUGGCCAUCACUCGUUGGAAUCCAGAUUGGUCAGAUGAAGAAGAAUUUGAUAUGCUGGUCAAGUUCAAUCCCGAGACUGUGGUGAUUCCAUUGCUGUCUAACAUCAGCAUCAAAAGGUGUGCCAAGUGGGGCGUUGCCAACCUGGUGUUGCAAGAAAUAUCCUUAAGACAAGGCCAAGCAAAUGAUGCAUUGCAUGCCAUCAGGGUUAACUUGGCCAACAAGGCUGUUCUCUUUCGCACCAUAGUUCAGUCAGCAAAGUCACAAGCACGGUCGACCAGGGCAUGGGCUCAUGUGCACUUGGUCAACAAGGUCCUUCACUUGAACAUGCAGAUCCACUCAAAAUGCUGCAAGCAGCUUGUCCAUCUCAGUGCCAAUGAUUUAUUGACCAAAUAUCGGCCAUUGGAGAAGGCCAACUUAAAGGCUACUACAGUGGUGGAAGACCCAAAUGCAUGCAGUCAAAGAAAUAGCAUGCUGACAUGGUUUUGGUCCAUUGAUGUCCAGGGGGAUUCCAGAAGUAAUGACUGGAUGAAUGAAUUUUACUGUGUCCAUUGGCUUCAGACACUGGCACUGCAUGACUGUUGGGCAGAGGAACUGCUGCUGGUCGGUCAGGAAAUGACAUGGACAGUUGAAUUCUUUAUUCACAAAUCAGAACAAGAGCCCCUUCAGUGA